CCAUCUUAGUGGUUCAAGCCAGGCAUACAGCCUAAUAGUAAUUCUUUGUUUGAAUAAUGCCAGAAUUCAUUCUUUAUCAUGCCUGAAAUGGCAUCCAAGUGUGUUAGCAAUUAACUAUGAGGAAAACAUGGCUUAAAUAGCUGCUGACCCACCCUGUAGAUGUGCCACUAUGAUACCCACAUGCCCUUUUGCCCAUCUUGAGAGCCAUGUCUUGCCAAUGCAAAGCAGAAAACUUGUCAUCCAGCUUGUCUGAGAGUGAUUGUAGUGAUUCUUCCCAGCUGCAUCUCCAGGUGAAUGAGUCUGUGGAUGAAGAGAUUUUGCAGGCAUAUCUUGGGACAGUUGCUGUCCUUGUAGAAGAGUUAAACACCUCCUGGGUCCACUCCAUACAUGGAAACCAGCUGCUUAAUGUGCACCAUGUGCAACAUCUUCAAUGUGUCUUUGCUGAGACUGGCAUACACAAAACACCCAUUGAAAAUUGAAUGCUUGCCAGCAUUUCACUUUCCCAUUAGAAGGAGAUGGUUUGGGCCCUUCUCAAUGAAGGAGAGCAUUUGAAGGAGGCCUUAAGAAGGGCCAUGGCAGGAGACUGGUGCAUUUAGGGCUGCUUCUCAGAAUUUUGACAAUUAGAAACACUUGGUGGGGGCUGAUCACCUGUCCUCUAUGCUGGUCAGCACUGACAUGUAGCCAUACUUGCACUUCAAGAGCAAAUUGUGAGUCUGGAUGAAUCAGUUUGUCAUCAUUCAAACCAUGGUUUGAUUUCUAUACACUGACAUACAUUAGCUCACUGCCUGGCCUGUUGACUUUUUCAACAAGGCAAAGCUCAGUGCACUGAGCAGAGCAUGUCUACAAGAAAACUGAAAGCUGACAAUCUUAGUUGACACUGAUGGUGACCUCUAGGCCAAGCUUA